AUUCCAGCUCAAACCGCACAAAACUUGGCUACCAAUUGUAACCACACCCCCCUAUUGAAUCAAAUGGGUAGGCCUAUAUGGGGAUUUUGACAGACGUUUGCAGCGACUAGCCUACUACCGACUCAAGACUGCCCUAGCAACCCGGUGGAUGAGCCAACCAUAACCGUGUAAAACUCGAGACUCUGCCGCUACUGGGGACAGGAAACGACAGAGAUCAGAGAGAGCUGCGGAACAGUGUGGCUGGCUGGCGGUACAAUACCGCGUUAUAACAAGUAUGGUACUUGGUAUGGUACGUAUGGUACUUUCAAGGCACGGUAGCGGGAAUGGAGGAUUUGUGGAAUGACGAUUUGAACACUGGGACAGGUUCGGCGUGAACGGCAAGCUUUGAUGUUACAGUGGAACACACUGUAGAUGUAGGCUAAUUUGUAUAAUUGUUUAUGUUACAUUGUGUUGUCACUUUCGUUGGCAAAGUUGACAUUUGUAGCUUUCAUUUAAAUUCCUAUUUUAGAAGACUUCAAAUCUGUGUUUGAUGCAUUUAUUCUAAAUGGAUAUAAAUGGAUAGAGUUCCCAGAUAUGAAUUAUGACUGAUAAUAUAAGGCCAUCCACUGGAUGAACUGUCAAAGAACACCAGAUUCAACUUGACUCGCUUCUUUGCUACUUUAAUUCGUGCGUCACACAGCUCAAAUCUUGAGUUGGAAGAGAAAUAAAAGUGAUUGAACAGUCUUGUACAAGUUGUUCCAUGAUGGAACAUAAUCAUUCUUCACCGCGAGGAUGAACCACAGAACCAGCCCCGUCAAGGCUUACGAUUUUCUGCUUAAGUUUCUCCUGGUGGGAGACAGCGAUGUGGGAAAGGGGGAGAUACUGGCGAGCCUCCAGGACGGAGCCAGCGAGUCUCCGUAUGGCUACAACAUGGGAAUCGACUACAAGACGACAACGAUACUCCUAGACGGAAGAAGAGUCAAGCUGCAGCUCUGGGACACCUCUGGCCAGGGGCGCUUCUGCACCAUCUUCCGCUCUUACUCCAGAGGAGCGCAGGGUGUGAUCUUGGUCUAUGACAUCACCAACCGAUGGUCGUUUGAUGGUAUUGACAGAUGGAUUAAGGAGAUAGAUGAGCAUGCACCGGGAGUGCCUAAGAUCCUGGUGGGGAACCGGUUACACCUGGCCUACAAACGCCAGGUGACCACAGAGCAGGCCCAGGUGUACGCCGAGAGGUUAGGGGUCACCUUCUUUGAGGUCAGCCCACUGUGCAACUUUAAUAUCACAGAGUCCUUCACAGAGCUGGCCAGGAUAGUCUUAAUGAGGCAUGGCAUGGAGAGACUCUGGAGGCCUAUCAAAGUUUUGAGUCUUCAGGACCUGUGCUGUCGUUCCAUCGUGUCCUGCACCCCUGUCCACCUUGUUGACAAGCUUCCUCUCCCCCUGGCUCUCAAGUCCCACCUCAAGUCUUUCUCCAUGGCCAACGGCCUCAAUGCCCGCAUGAUGCACGGACGGUCCUACUCCGUCACCACCACUGCUGCCAACACCACCCACAUCGCCACCAAGAGGACCGGAUGCCAGCUGCUGAAAAAUAAAAAACUCUUCCGUCCUCCGCCGCUCAGCCCGGCGGCCGAACAGAGCUGCACUGGCAAGAGCUGCAAGAUCUCCUAACAACCAGUUGAAACAGGAAGAGGAAGUCCUUGGGGAAGAAGGUUGUCAUCACAUGAACAGGAAGUUGGUGUUGAUCACUAGUGCAGCCAAAGAUGGUGGAUAAAUUAACCAUUUACCAUGUUUACCAUUGAAAAAAAUGGUCACUGUUCCGGUCUGCUUAAAGGGGUGGCUCUCCCAUAGACACCAAUGUAUUAGCAGCUGGGUCUGGUCUACUUAGUUCAUUGACUGUAUAUGAGCGAGUGAGAUGUCUUCCUUCCUCUUCCGUCUCUGGUGCAGCCAUAGACUUAGAUAGACAUUGCGUCAUUAUUUAUGUCCCAUUAUAAUAAUAAUUUGGUAGUUGCUUACAAGUGUGUAUUAAUACACAUGUGAAUUGGAAAUGUUAUUUUUUUGCAUAUCCCAAUGCUCCCCGAGACACCCACAGAUAGUAGGGUCAUGGCCAGGGUCUGCCGUUAUCAACAAGAACCCUGGAGCAAUUAGGGUUAAGUGCUUUGCUCAAGGGCACAUUGACAGAUUUUUCACGUUGUCGGUUUAUGGAUUAGAACUAGCAACCUUUCAGUUACUGGCCCAAUGCACUAACCGCUAAGCCACCUGCCCUAUAGGAAGUCUCACCCAGUUGAAUACUUCCAAAUACUGAAAGUCCUCAAUGGCGCUGCCCAUGCUAAAACAAGCUUUUGGGCACUAGAGUCUUCUAUCUAUUUCUAUGGGUGCAGCUCGUCUAGGGUUACCAAGAGCCAGCCACAUGAGCUUCGAGGGAGUAUUCAACGAGAGGUGACACCCCCUUCCCUAAUCAGGAAGUUUUCACAGGGACUGGAUGUUCUAGGCCUCCAGACGCACAACAGUCUCCCACAGGCACUCACAGGAGCUCCAUGGUGGGACAAAGAUGGGGAAGGAACAUGUCACGCUCAGAGAUUUUGGAUUAGUGCUAUGGGUCACUGACCAUGGAACCAGAAGGAAGUUUUGAUGCCAGAUCAUAUGUGAGCCAUAUGACUAUAUUUCAAUUACUUUUUAAAUUAAUUUGGUAAUUUGUAUUUCACCGGCCUGAACUACAAUAUAAUGUAUUUUGUAACAAGAUACUUUCGAGACCUGUAAUUUGUAUUUUCAAAAUACAAAAUACUUUUCUAUACCAUUUUUUUUAUAGUGGUUCACAAUUUCGUGGCCACCUUUCACCCUGCAUUGGUAUCAGAAGUCUGAUGGCAGUAUGGUGUGAUGAGAGUGUCUCCUAAAUGACGAAAUGUUAAAAUUUGUAUUAUUGGGUAUUAUUCUAAUGAGCUCCGUCCCUGAAACGAGGCCAAUAAAAACAAUAAUAAUAAUACUCGGUGUACUUUGCAAUAGUUUAUUUUUACAUUUACAUUUUGGUCAUUUAGCAUUCAGUGC